ACAGCUACAAGCUAUCUAACCCUAGGAUUUUCAGUCUGGAUAGCUUUGCAAACGGAAACACUGGAAGUCCUUCUUACAGCUUAGUCCUUAGCAGAGCCAGAUCUUUUGCAGAGCCUGGACGAUUUUCACUCUUUUCAAAUGAUUCGACCAAUUUCGCUGGAACCGAUGGAGAUCCCAACGAGAAGAGGUCUGCUGAGCAGUAGAGAUACGACAGCAAUGCUGAAGCACGGCGGCCUCUGCGAGAGUUAUACAGCGGCAUUUUCGCCGGAGACUGCGCCAGCGUCGCCGUCGAUGUCGGUCUUAACCAGCUCCGAGAAUGCUGAUGAUGAUUCCUCGCUCGUCGACCAUGGCUCCGGAGCCGCAACGUCCGAAGCCCGCGGCCUUUUUCAGGAACCGAAUCGUAGUCUUCCAAGAACGACAAUUAUACCGCCGCAAGAUAAUAUUCGCGGAAGCUAUCUCGAGCAAGCCGUGGCGGCGCAGCUUCAAGGUGCAUCCGUCGGCGCAAUAAGCUUCGGACAGCUGCGGCGGCGUCACCAAUUCGCCACUGAGAUCCCGUUUGUCCCUCAAUCUGAGAGCCUCAACCUUCGUGUCGCGCCGCAGUUUCAAGUUGAACCGGCCGUUCUUUCGAAGCCGGCGCCGCCUCGGCGUCAGCACGACCUGUACGCCGGUCCAUAUCAUCCCCGACCGCGCUCACUCGCCGCUCCCCAAUUGAUGCGGAACGCGACGAAGAGUACGCUCAAUUUUGGCUCGCCGACUCCCGGCGACGGCGGGGUCUUGGACUCGUUUUCCGCGGAUCAGAUCGGAUCAGAUCCAGCGGUGCACGGCGCUCGGAAUUUCGCCUUCCCGAACGGUCGACGCGGCGUUUUUCAGGCGGAACAAUUCAGUUUGGAGCUGACCCAUGAUACGUCCCAGCCGCCUCAAGCUGCGCACGGGCCUCAGCGGAAGAUGCGCAUCGCGGAGGGCCACGAUGGGGAGAUCCAGAUUGUCACGAUGCCGACAAAGCCAGUAGGCGAGUUCUGCCGCCCACCCUGUGCUUCUGCCGGCCCGGGCGAAUGUUGGCUUCACAACGCGGCGGCACCCGCAUUUCACGCCACGGCUGCUACUAAGCUCGAGAACGGUUUUGACGGCUUUAUGGAUCUUGAGGCCGCGACUCAGACGCUGGAGAGUUGUAAUGUUGAAGACAUACCGCCGGCUCACCAGGUCCCUGUUUCCCCCAUGAUCACCCCCCCCCCGAAGUUCGUUGACGUGAGUCGUGCUGCGAGCGGGUGUUUUAGCAUCAAGGUUGAGCCGCGCUGUGACUCGACGUCACACGUUGGAGGGGAUUCUUUUCGCGGGGACGACUCAGAGCAGAGCCAACCGGAUUUUCCCCACCCAGACCGUUCCGGCUUUGGUGGGUGGAGUUUUUUCCGGCCGAUUUCUCAGCUGCCCAAUUCACUCACAAGAGAUCCUCACACCGCCGCCAACUGCCCGGCCUUCUACCAGGAGCAGGACCUUCCUGCUGCUGCUGGGGUAAUUCACCCUCAUCAUGCUCCCGCGACUGACUCUCAUCACUGUUGGGGUUCCCCCCACUCUCCAUUCUCCCCAGCAUCUCAGCACUCCCUGGACUAUCAACAGGCUCCAGACGCUGCAGCCAAUGCUGCUGGUUGCACUGCUGCUGCUGCUGAGUGCACUGCUGCCGAGACCUUCUUUCUCGGGGAGUGCGUCGACUACACGGCUCUGCUCCUCACGGACCCCCUCAUCGACGCCCUGGCCGAUCCCUUCACCACCUUGGACUUUUUGCCGCCGCCCGGAAACACGUCGACUGGAGACAUGUCGACGGGCAAUUUGCCGGCGGGUGCGCAGGAACCAGCUCUUGUCCAAGAUGAGACACCGCCAUCAUCGUUACCGAGCCACCAGCGGGGCGAUGCUGACGUGGAGGAGGACCUGAUGCAGGCGAGCCGGGCGUUGGCCACGGGAGAGUUGCUGAGAGGUACAUUUGGCACGGAGGUACCUGGCAAUUCACCUGGGUACCAAUCUGGAGUGCAAUCUGGAAUUCAGUCUGGAUAUAAUUCUGAAGGCUUAUCUGGGGACCAAUCUGGGGAUCCAUCUGACGGUGCAUCUGGGGAUCAGUCCGUUGAUCCAUCUGUGAAUGGCGGCGUGGCGUUCCUUACAAUGAUGGGUGCACCGGGUGCUGAAGCUCAGGAAGAAGAAGAGCAGACCCUUGCUGUGGGAGGAGAAGGGGUGGGAUUGGAGAAGGGAGUGGGUGUGGGUGCUACAGUGGUGGCGCAUGAGCAGGAUGGGGGCGUGCAACAGAAGAGAAAGCAGGCACAGAAGCGGGAAGGCGAUGAGACGGUGGCUGAUCAGCCCAAACAGGCGAGGAAGCGGAAAGGCUCUUCUAGCACCAAGACCUCCAGGCAGGGCAACAAUGAUGCUCACCUUUCUGCUGUCGUGAGCACGUCUCCAGAACCAGCAUCAGCACUUUUGGACCAAGUGGGUGGCAGCAGUGAAGGGAUGAAUGGUCCGCUACCAGCACUCUCUCCUACAGCUGCUUCUGCUAGCCCAAAAGGACCCGGGCCCAAAGUGAAGGUUAGAAGAAAGGCAGAGCAGGCUUCCGGUGGUGAGGUGAAGUACAUCGGAGUGCGGAAGAGGGGCUCGGGGAAUCGAUGGGUGGCGGAGAUAAAGGACAACAUCCAUGGAGUGAGGAGGUGGCUUGGGACCUUCAGCACACCUGAAGAGGCGGCUCGGGAGUAUGAUAAGGCAGCUCGGGAGAUAAGAGGUGAAAACACUCGGCGCACCAACUUUCCUAUCAUUGCGUAGGUGUUUUUCUCUGGAUUAGAUGCAGGGUUUUCCAGUACUGAGGUGCAGUAGCUCAGUGCUUGGUCCUCUUGAGGUUCUGUUCCAGGUAGUGUUCAGUGCUCAUAUGCAUGCGUACACGCUGUAGAAUGUGUCAACUUAUACAUAUAUUGCAUGUAGAAGUUAUAGGCUAGGCUAUGUGUGUGCUUCGAGAGAGUACAACACAACUGCUAUAUGUUCAUUGUACUCCUCCUAGU